AUGGGUUCGCUUGCCAAUGGAGAAGAGCGGAGCGGGCUCCCGGUGCCCAACCCAUGCCUCUCGUUCUGGCAACAGACUACACGAUCAUUUCCAUACUUGAACGUUAAUGAGAAUGAGCAGGUGCCAUCAAGGUCCAAAUAUGUGAUAAUUGGCUCGGGAAUCUCGGGCGCCCUUACAUCGUUUGAGUUGAUCAGCGCCGGGGUUUCUGGCGAGGAUAUCGUCAUUCUAGAGGCACGAGAGGCUGCGAGCGGAGCCAGCUCGAGGAACGCUGGACAUGUUCGACCAGAUGCAUUCCGCGGAUUUCAAGUGUACCAGCGCGUGCACGGAAAAGACCAAGCACUCAAGAUCAUUGCCAAUGAGCGGACCGUGUUCCACAAGGUGGAUGAAUUUGUCAAGCAGCACGGUGUCGACUGCGACUUCAAUCCAACGACGACCUUUGACGUCUGUUUGACUCGGGAGUUUGCAGACUUCAACGCGCAGAGCUUCAAGGAGUUCCAAGAGGCUGGCGGAGACGUGUCGCACGUCAAGUUCUACGAGGGCGACGAGGCAAAACAAAAGACACGCAUCGCCCAGGCCGUCACCGCGUAUGAAUGGCCUGCCGGCUCGAGUCAUCCAGCCAAACUGGCUCAGUGGCUUCUCUCCCGCGCAAUCGAAAAGGGAGCCAAGCUCUUUACGCACUGCCCAGCGACGUCAAUCACGGCGGCGACAGUGGCGGACGGUGGCCCUUCAUGGGAUAUCACAACUGCGCGCGGCGUCGUUCAAGCAGCCAGUGUGAUACACUGUACAAAUGCCUUUGCGCCGCACCUGCUACCCCAGCUCUCUUCCUUUGUCACCCCAAACAGGGCACAAGCACACGCUUUUGUCCCGCCGCCAUCGCUGACGGGAUCGAAUAUUCUGAAAAAUACAAUGUCCCUCAGGCAUUCUUUGAAGCACUUUUAUUCCGUGGCUCCUAGGCGUCCGGACGGGAUCAUUAUUCUCGGCGCUUCCCGCGAUAACCCCAAGAUUAGCAAAGCAGCCCUGGACAGCCGUCUGCUUUCCAGCGACACUGAAUUCAACGACGAGGUCCGAGACGACUCGAUCGCCCACUGGUCCAAGUGCUUCCCCGAGUGCGAUGCGUCAAAGCUCCGGCAUGGUGAAGGCCUGAUACAUACGUGGACGGGCAUCAUUGGUAUGACGCCGGACUCUGUGCCGUUCAUCGGCGCGGUACCAGGGUCGCCCGGUCAGUGGGUCUGCGCAGGUUUCAACGGUCACGGCAUGGCCCGUAUCUUUACGUGUGCUCCUGGGGUUACUAAGCUGGUGCUCGGAGGAUCUUGGACAGAUACUGGUCUCCCCGAGUGCUUUGAGCUCACUGAGGAGCGACUCGCCAAGCUGAGCAAGGGCGUCUCGGGGUCGGUGUUUUGA